AUGAAAAAUUUAAUUAAAUUAGCAGUAUUAUUACUGAUUAUACUUAAUACUUUUACUUAUGGAGAGGAGGAAUCUUUUAUGGAUAAAGCAAUAAGAAAUAUGAAACAAAAAUUUGGUCAAGCUGGAGUGAAUCUUCCUGAUUUUAUAGAAAAUAGAGGUAUUGAAAAAGAUAAUGCCACAUUACUUGACACAAGAUGCCGUCUAAAUAUGACAUAUACUAAAUGUGGAUCUUGUGAAAAAACUUGUGGUGAAGAAGAAAAAAUUUGUACUAGAGAAUGUAAAACUCCAGGUUGUUAUUGUAUUUCUGGAUUUGCUUUUGAUGAGCAUGGAAAUUGUAUUUUAGAGUCAGAUUGUCCAAAAAAAACAAGUGAACAAAUGGAACCUGAUCAUUCUGUAGUUGAUGAAAAUAAUAAAACAUGUCCAACAAAUUUUACUUAUCUUGAGUGUGGAACAUGUGACGAAUCUUGUGAUGGCCCUAGAAUGUGUACAAUGGAAUGUAAAAAACCUGGAUGUUACUGUGUAAAUACAGCAGCAUUUAAUGAAAGUAAUGGUUGCAUUCUUAAAUCAGAUUGUCCAAAUGGAGAUUAUGAUGUAAAAGUAUUAGAAUCUACAUUACAAAAUGAUACAUUAGGAAAAAAAGCUUCCGAUGAAAAUAUUUUCCAACCCCCAAAUGUAGCAUGUAAAGAAAAUGAAAAAUGGGAUUCAUGUGGAAAUAUGUGUGAAAGUUCAUGUAAAGAUGCCAAAACAAUAUGUCCUGCUGUUUGUGGUCCUGGUGCAUGUACUUGUGUAGAAGGAUUUGUUAGGAAUGAUGAUGGUUUAUGUAUCCCCCAAGACAAUUGCCCUUAA